AUAACUUUUGAGUCUUAGAGUUUAGUUUAGCAUGCUAUUUUAAAUUUUAGACUUCUUAGUGUGUACUUAUUAAUUGAAAUUCAAUGGAUUUAUAUUAGGUAUGCUAAUUUGUAUUGUACUCAACAACAGUAAUUAUCAUCAUGUCAGUAUUUAUAUUAAACGAGAAUACUAAUUUCGAACAUGUCAUCGGAGUUCUUUUCAAUAACUGGACUGCUCUGAAAAUGGCCAUUGACCAUGGAAUGGGCGGGACAACGGAAUUGAUGCACUAUAAAGUCAGUGAUUUAAUACAAAACAUACAUGAGUUUCUACAAAAAUCUGGAAACGAAUCAUGUUGGACUGGAGUAUCGGACAUAAUUGAAGACGUUAUGGACGUUGGAUUUGAUGUAAUACUUGAAGAUUCGUCCGCAGACGAUUUAGGAAAACACAUAUGUCAGUUCUAUUGCGAUUGGAAUCAAGCAAACGUCGGCCGUAUGCGUGUAAUUGAUGAACUCAGAACUUUACCAAUUCCUAUUCCUAUACAGAUUGCUCCUGUAAAAUCAACACGAGUUAAACAAAAUAAGGAAGAAUCCUCGUCUAGUGAUGAAGAACUAGAACCUGAAGCCGAAGAUGGGUGGACUGUUGUAAAACAUAAGUAAUGAUUUAAAAUGAAAAAUUUAUAUAAUGUAUAAGUAUGUAUACAUUUGUUUAUGUUUAAUAAAACAUUUACUAUUUUA